GAGAUGACCUCACGCAAGCAAGCAAGAACACGCAGUGGUACACCUCACUCUCACUAACUUGUGGUCAUGAGCUUUGACAUGAGCCGUCUUACGAGUCUCUCGGGUGUUAUGGAGGUCAUGGAGUCGGAGGAGGACAAGGCUCUGGGCGUGGUCAUCGCCAUGGUGGCCUGGUUCAUUCUCCUGGCCAUCACUAUGAUCAUUGGUCCUAUGGCUCCCUUCUUUGCUACCUUUAAGCCCAAGGACCGCAUGCCCUACUACCUCCGCAUUGUUCGGUCGGUGGCUGGCUUCUACGGCCUCUACAAUGGCCUGCAUCUGCUGCUCAAGACCGAGCUGUACGCCGAGCUCGCGGCGGACCCGGUGACGGGCGUCAACCCGGCGUCGUACCUGUUCAUGAAGACCAUCCUGGCGUUCUUUGCCUUCGAAAUGAUCACGUACCUGUACGUCUCGCAGGUCUGGGGCCGCUCGGACUCGACCCUUCUCAUCCACCACAUCCUCGGCCUCGCUGGCUACUCGAUCUACCUCUGGUCCGGCAUCGGCUUCUGGUGGGGCGUGUGCCUCUUUACCGAGGAGAUCUCGGCGCCGUUCACCGGCGUCUCGUGGGUCCUCAGCAAGCUCAACAAGCCGCACACCGUGACUUGGCUCAUCAACCAGUGGAUCCUCGUCGUGGUUUGGGUCUUCUUCCGCUGCGGCAUCGACCUCAUGCUCCUCGGCAACUACUUUGUCCAGCUCCCGCGCUCCUUCCAGAUCCUCCCCUACGUCUCGCAGGCCAUGCUCUUUGUCGGCACCGGCACCAUGGCCCUCUACCUUAACCCGUACUGGCUCAAGGUCAAGGCCACCAACGCCCUCAACUGGUCGCCCGAGCCCAACAAGUCGUUCCGCAAGCGCGAGUAACCCCCUCAGCUAACACUCUCACUUCUGCCACGCACCGGGCUAUCCUACGC